GGGACCCUCCCCAAACCCACCAUAUGGGCUGAGCCAGGCUUUGUGAUCCCCUGGAAUAGCCCUGUGACCAUCUGGUGUCAGGGGACCCUAAGGGCUCAGGAGUUCCGUCUGCAUAAAGAGGGGAGCCCAGCCUUCUUGUACACACUGCUCCCACUGAAGCCCGGGGACAAGGCCACGUUCUCCAUCCCACACAUGACGGAGGAGCACACAGGGAGAUACCAGUGUUUCUAUCACAGCCGUACUGGCUGGUCAGAGCUCAGUGACCCCCUGGAGCUGGUGGUGACAGUGUCUCGGAAGCCCUCCCUCCUGACCCCGCAGGGCCCUGUUGUGGCCUUGGGACAGAACCUGACCCUCCAGUGUCGCUCUGAUGUCAGCUAUGACAGAUUCACUCUGUCCAAAGAGGGGAGACAGGACCUCACCCAGCGCCCUGGCCGGCAGCCCCAGGCUGGGCUCUCUCAGGCCGACUUCCCCCUGAGCCUGGUGAUUCGCUCUGAUGGGGGCCGGUACACAUGCUACGGGUUACACAACCUCUCCUCCGAGUGGUCGGCCCCCAGCGACCCCCUGGACAUUCUGGUGGCAGGACAGCUCCCUGACACCCCCGCCCUCUCGGUGCAGCCGGGCCCCACGGUGGCCUCAGGAGAGAACGUGACCCUGCUGUGUCAGUCAAAGCUCUCCAGAGACACCGUCGUGUCGAGCCUGAAACAGCAGGAUCCCGAGGCCCACCAGGAUCAAGGCAGCCACGCCCAUGCGGAUGAGAUUCCCCAGUGUGUAGUCCUGGGGGCGUGA